AUGAAGUUCAAUACUAAGUGGGAGUUCAAGGAGGCAGUGAGGGAGUUCACUAUCCAAGAAGGGAGACGGAUGAGGUUUAGGAAGAACGAUGGUAAAAGGGUGAGGGCAGUAUGUAAGGUGAAGGAUUGCAAGUGGGUUAUCUACGCAUCAAGGGACCACGAAGACAGUUGCUGGCAAGUUAAGACUUUCUUCAAUAACCACACUUGUCCACGAGAGGAUAAAAACAGGGCAGCAAAUAGAAAUUGGGUUGCAGGUAAGUUGGUAAAAAAACUAAGGAAAUAUCCCAAUUUCAGGAACUGUGAGGCUACAACAUAUUUCAAGACAAAAUAUGACUUGUCGCUCAAUAGGAACUCUAUAUCACGGGCACUGUGUGAUGCUAGAAAUAUAGUCUAUGGGGAUGCCAAGGAGCAAUAUGCUAUGCUUAGGGACUAUGGUGAAACACUAUUGAAAACAAACCCGGGAUCAACUGUUCAGAUUUGCACAAAGCCACAGCCUAGUGGUGAGGUCAUAUUUGAGAGGAUGUAUGUCUGCUUGAGUGGCUGCAAGUCAGGUUUCAAGGCUGGCUGUCGUCCGUUAAUUGGACUUGAUGGGGCUUUUCUAAAAACUAUUUUCGGGGGGAAAAUUCUAUCGGCUGUUGGACAAGAUGCUAAUCAUCAUGUCUAUGUUAUUGCCUGGGCAGUUGUGGAAGUGGAGAACUUUGAGAAUUGGAAGUGGUUUCUAGAGUUGCUACAUGAGGAUCUUGGAGACUACAAGACCCAUGGGUGGAACUUCAUCUCUGAUAUGCAAAAGGGAUUACUGCCUGCUAUGAAAGCCGUGAUGCCUAAUGUGGGACACCGAUUCUGUGUCUGGCACUUGUGGCGAAAUUUCAAUAAGCAGUGGAAGAACCUGGAACUUAGGGGACUGUUAUGGGAGUGUACUAGAGCUACAACAUUUCAAGAGUUUAAGGAAUACAUGGAUAGGAUAAAGCGGCUGAACGAGGACGCAUGGAAGUAUCUUGACAAGUGGCCAAGGGAGGCAUGGACGAGGUCAUAG